GCACCCGUCCUGCAUCCACCCCACCCCCCAUCUCUCCCAGGGUACCCCCUGCGGCCUGCCCUCCGUCUUCCCCAGGGUACCCCCUGCGGCCUGCAUCCCCCCCGGGUUCCCCAAGUACUCUCCUACAGCCUUCCUCCCCCAGGAUACCCCCUGCGGCCUGCAUUUCCCCAAGUACUCUCCUACAGCCUGCCUCCCCCAGGGUACCCCCUGCGGCCUGCCCUCCGCCUUCCCCAGGGUACCCCCCUGUGGCCUGCAUCCCCCCCGGGUUCCCCAAGUACUCUCCUACAGCCUUCCUCCCCCAGGAUACCCCCUGCGGCCUGCAUUUCCCCAAGUACUCUCCUGUAGCCUGCCUCCCCCAGGGUACCCCCCUGCGGCCUGCAUCCCCCCCGGGUUCCCCAAGUACUCUCCUACAGCCUUCCUCCCCCAGGGUACCCCCUGCGGCCUGCCCUCCGCCUUCCCCAGGGUACCCCCCCCAUAGGUAGCCGGCUCAGCGCUACUCGUCGCCUUGCCCAGGACGCAGGCUGGCGGGCUAGGUCACCUCGGCGGGGACACCUCAAGCAGGCCCAGCCGUCCCCACCUCCCCCUGCCCCGACCCCACGCGCUCGGACUGGCGCGCAGCUGUUUGUCAGGCGGCCGCCGGCCAGCUAUGGCAGAGGCGGGGUCCUGGGCGGCGGGGCCGGGCUUGUCUCCAUGGUGACCGUAUCAACAACCUCCGCUCCGUGCCUGCGCCCGGCCAUGGCCCUGGCGCCUUCGCUCGGAUGGGCACCUAGUCUACAUUCACCGGAGAGUUCAAGUUACCAAAUACAGACUGGUAGUCUGAAACACAUCCUUCUGAAGAAACGAAAGACUCUGGCCUACCGGUUUUCUGUUGGAGGUCGUUUGUCCACAUGGCCUGCAUAUGCAUCUGGGCAAGCUAUCUUACAGAAUCAGAAACCCUGUUGUAGUCCAGAGGGGAGAAGCAAGAAACUGGCUUCUCUUACCAUUGCAAAACCACGAUACCUGGAGGAGCUGGAAUCCUACCUAAGGAAAGAGCUGCAGUCUCUGGACCUGACUAAAGAGAACGCUCAGGAACUUAAGCUCCAGCCUUAUAGAGAGAUCUUUGAGUUCUUCAUAGAGGACUUCAAAACCUACAAGCCCCUGCUGUCUGCCAUAAAGAAUGAGUAUGAAGUUACAUUGGCUCACCUGAGGGAGAAGAUCCGCUCCCUGGAGCCCUUGAAGGCAAUGCUGGUGUGUGUGUCAGAUGAGUGCACCCGGCAGAUCGUGGCCCUCCAGGAGGAGGAGAAAGCUGAAAUAACCAAGCUGAAGAAAGAGAAACUGUAUUUGUUAAAGCUUAUCGACAAAAUGAAGGAGGAGAAGGGCUCCCUGCAGACUCAGGUGAACAUGCUGCGGAAGAAUAUGGCCAAGGAAUACAUGCGCUACAUUAAUGAGUGUGACGCACGCAAGCUGCUGCUAGCAGACCUGAAUGAAAUGCGCAAUCAGCAGUUGGAAAUGUCGCUUCGCCAAGUCCAAGACGUCAAGGGUGAAGACUUGGUCAAGGUAACGCUGGCGUUGAAGAUAGCUCGGCAGGACCUCACGAAAGCCCAGGUGGAGCUGAACACGAUGAAAGCAGAUUAUGGAGACGUUGUACCCAGGAGAGACUUCGAAUCGCAGGAGAAAAAAUAUUCUGAUCUGUUUGAGAAGAUGGAAGUCCUGCAGAAGGAUUUUGAUGACCUCCAAAAGGAGUAUGACACUCUGUUGGAAAUCCACCAAGAGACUGUGGAAGAGCGAGACUGCUUCUACAACGAACUCCAGCAAGUUCAGCGCAGCUCCACGCCCCGGCCUGACUGGGCAAAAUGUGCAGAGGUGAUUUCUGGUGGGCCUGUGCGGUGGAGCUAUCUGGAAGAGGGGAAGACCAGUGACCAGCUGGUGGAUGUGCUUCUGGAGGAAAUAGGAACAGGAGUGCUGAAGGAGAAAGACUCCUUCCCUGGACUGGGCAAAGGGGACAAGGUCCCUGUGUACCUGAGGUACGAAGGCCAGGUGAAGAACAAGAAGCUAAACAAAAAGGAUGUGGUGAACAUCGUGAAGGAGAUCUGGAAAGAGAAAGUUUCAGCAGAUCUGCAGAAAGGGAAGCAAUCCAGCCUUCCAGAGUUCUUCCUUAACUACCUCCAGAAGAAGUAUGGAGACGCCUCUGCCUUUGAAUGGGCUUACACCAUCUAUGAAAACAUCAAGCUGUACCGAUCAAACGAAGCCAUGAGCUUGUUCUAUGACAUACUGAGUGGGAAGGUGGAUGAAGGACUAUACCAUGGCCAGAACCAGCUAAUCUCCAACCUGCUGAAGGAGCUGACGGCCAGCGACAGCUCAAACAGCGGAACUCUCAUGACUGAACAGUUCAACCUGGCACUGAGGGCCGCUUGUCCCUUGAAAAGUAAUGAUCAGAUCCAGGAGCUAAUAGAUGCAAGCAGGUACAAGGCACAAAGCACAGAGGACUUCAUUGACUACAGGUCCUUAUUCAUGGAGGACGAGGAGGGCAACGCUGAGCCCUUCAUUGCGAAGAUCAGGAGCCAAUAUGCUAGCGAGAAGCAGGAGUAUCUGAGAGAACUGAGGAAUGAGCUGGGCCACAUGCCGGAGGUGAAAGUGGACGAUCUGAAGACAGCCUUCGGUGCCAUUGAUCCUGCUAUUGAUGACCUAACGCUGGACGCCUACAUUUGCCUGGCAUUCCAGGCCUCAAAAGAACAGUGGGAUCAGACUGGCUCUCUGCCUGUGGACACAGUGGUUGAGAGACUGCUGGCUGGAGACACAAAACGAAUAGGCCCCCUUCCUGAAGAGACCUACACAAGCCUCUCAGAACGGGGAGAGGCAGAGGCCUACAAUUAUUGUUAAAGGGCUCCUCUCACCCCUUAUGUACUCAGCUAAAUACUUGUGUCUAGCUUUACAAAAGGGUACUUGUAGGGGCUACUGCACUGAGUUUGUUUACAGGCUGACUGAUCGUUAACACCAGAGAGGCUUGAUUGAUUUGUAUCAUCAGUAGUGCAGCCAGCUCAAGCAGAUGAGAGUUCCUACGCAGCUCAGUGGCCUAUGUAAAUAGUUUAAUUUCAGUUCUCUCUGGGAGCAGGGUGCACUUGGCAUCCGGUCUGCAGUCGCAGCAGAGGCAGCUCAUCCCGCCAAAGCAAGCUGGAGGCCAGGGACCGCUAGUCUCUAGGGAUGUCAGUGUCAAUUUUCAUGAACACUCCACUACUCACUUGAUCAUCACAGCUGCUGAGACCUGUAAGCCCUCCUUAAAGCCCAAGGCUGGGGUGCUGGUACUCAACAGCCUGGAAAAUUAGACCCUCACUGUUUAAAAGACCCCACCACUCCUGUUUCCUCGUGUUGAGAAGUCAGGCAAGUUUUCACAAGAGCAAGAUUUCUAAAGAAGGGCUUGGAUACAGGGGGAAGUGAUCCUGCUAUAAGGUAGGGUGUGAAUUUAAACUGCUCCAGUAAUACAGCUGGAACUCUGUGGGGACACUUAUUCCAGUGGGAGAGUGCCUUUUUCAAUGAGGUUUGGGCAGUCUGGAAGUGGUUUAAGCUAAACCCCCAAAAGUCCCUCUCAUCCCAAAAUAAGAGAGUCCCCAGUCUAGCUCGACAGGUAUAACUGGACAAGUGGCCCUGGGGACAAGCCCUAGGACUCCAGCCCCACAGGAAAGGGCCAAGGUGGUAUGGGUAACUUUGCACAGCCAUUCGCUAGUCCUCACCAGUGUGUGCCCACUCAGGGCUGGUCCUCUCAGAAUUCCCUGAGCCCUCUGCUGCUUUGGGCCAAAUGUCAGAGAUCAGGGGUCAGGAAAGCAGCUCUAUGGCAGUUAGCUUGUUUACUCCACCACCUAGCAACUUAGAAUUAAGGGUCACCCUGCCAGAAUAUAAACAUCAGGCUUCUUCCCUUCCUCCUACCACACAUUGGAUGGGAGGGAUGGGGAGAGCUGAAAUGGCAGGAGAUCUCUAACUGAAGUAACAAACACCAAUUAGGUGCAAGCAUGAAGUGGAAUGUCAGCAAGAAGAGCCCCAGAAAAGUUGGGGUGCAGAGGCCCCACAGCCUAGCUGGAUUAGGAUAGUGGGUAUGCUGUAUGCUUCUGUGAAGUGCUUACACCUGGAAUACUGCAUUCGGUCUGUGCACCUCCACACCAGGAAAAGUCUACACUGAGCAGGGAAAGCAACAAUACAGCAUAGCAUAGCUAGAAACCAAAACUACUGCAGUAGGUGGAAAUAAGUCCGGAAACCCCUUGACAGGAGAAUAAUGGUGAGUGUGGUGUGAGCGGGUGGAACUAGGCACAGUGUGGUGGAAUUCAGUGACUAUCAAGGAGCAUUUCACUGAAUUGUAAUCAGUCUCUAACAGAUAUGGGCGAGCUCCAUCACUGAAGGCACCUAGUACUGGGCUAGAGAAGACACGGGGCAUACAGGGUAGAGAGCAGUCCUACAUUAACACACCAUGCAGUAGAAUCAACUAGAUCUGUUCAUAUUUAUUUGUAGUGUUAAUAAGUCUAGGUUUAAAAUAGCUUCUGGAUAUUCAGAAUGUAGGUUUCCUCUGUCCUCUUCUCUCCAAUUACAAUCUGACAACUUUAGAGGUCAUUCUGUGCCUAAAAUCUUCUGUUUAUUUAACUCUCAGGACACUGGCUGAAUUCCAAGCUGCUAUGAAGCAUUGCUUCUGGCUGCAGGAGGCAGAGCAACACAGAUUCUUAGCUGGGACUUAGCCCUGGCUUACCCUCACCCCAUGGUACGAGACCCCUUCCUCAUGCCAAUGCCGUAAGCCCCUGCCCUCUGCUGAAAGCUGUUGGCCCUACUUGUCCAGGGACCCGCAAGAGUUGGUCUGGCUGUGGAAGAGCCCACACAUUAGCUGCCAGGAUAGCUGAGUGAGGAGCCAGGGGCAGCAGUCCUAAGGCCAGCUGACAACUAAGGUGCAACCAUCUCUGUCUGCUAAUGGUCUUGGGACAUGAAGGUUCUGCUUGUUUUCAGGGGAAGCUGGAAACACCAAUUACUCAGCUGCUCUAGAUCAGCAUUUUUCAACGCGUGAGUCACGACCCAGUACUGGGUUGCAGCAGGUAAGGCGCAGGGCAGCUCUGGGCAGCACCGCCGACUGGGACAUUAAAAGUCCUGUCUGCGGU